AUGCGAACUCGAUCGAGUCGGUCUACAGAGGACUUGGUCGAGCUAGACUUUACAACGGGUAGAAAGAGGGUUCAGAGGUCACAGAGGGUACAAGAGGAACCUGAGGUGCUUGUUGCUGAUACAAUGGACGUACCAGAGGGGAAUGGAAACCCUUUGGGCAAUGGACUCGGUCGAGCUAGGCAAACUCGACCGAUUGGUCAAGGAGAUGCUCCAAACCGCCACCAACAGAGACAAGGGAUUGUUCCACCACCAGUGCAGAACCACAACUUUGAGAUCAAGCUGGGAAUGAUCAACCUUGUCAGAACAAGAUGUUCCAUGGAUUGCCAACUGACAAAGCUCACCAAUGGGAGAAGAGCUUGCCCCAUGGCACAAUCACCACUUGGGAUGAAUGCAAGAAGGCCUUUCUUGCUAAGUUUUUCUCCACCGGUCGCACAGCCAAGCUUAGAGGAGAUAUCCAGCUUCAUCCAGCGAAACAAUGAGACAUUCGCUGAGGCUUGGGAGAGGUAUAGGGAGAUGCUAGACACAGCUAGCAAUGGGAACUUCCUCAACCAGGAUGUAGAUGAUGGCUGGCAACUUGUGGAGAACAUAGCAACUCAAAUGGAAGCUAUGGAGAAGAGUAUGAUCGCACCAAUCGGAGCUCGACCCACCACUCGAUCGAGUCAGAUGAAAGUUGAGAAAAGAUGUUAA